CUCCUGGCAUCGCUACGAACGGAGCAAGGACGCUCCUAGGAGCAAAGGGCAUCGCUACGAACAGAGCAUUCUUACUGCUUUGCCUCUUUCCAUGGCACGAAGGCACUGCAGGCACCACUGGUCAUGGACCCCUGCGAGAUCGACUGGGAGGUACCAGAGCUGAGCUUCCGGAACGCCACGCGAGCUUCAAAUCUGCCAAUCCCUUUGGAGCUUCCCCUUCAAGUUCUUGCGGCGUUUGCAGGUUUAAAUAUGCACCUGGUGGUCCUGGCCGAAGAAUUGGCUGUAGCCUGCCCAACUGCCCACAGCCUUGAGCGCUUUGACUUCAUUUGCCAGCAAGUUCGAGGUUCUAUCCGCGAUCUCGUCACGAAGUUCCCCUUGCGUUUGCCUCGUGCAGAAGGGCUUCUUCAAGAAGCAGUGGAGAACUGCAUGAAUAUUGGCCUUGAGAUUCUGCAUCACUUGCUUGGGGGCCUAUGUAUGCAGCUUCCAUCUCCAAACCAAUGUCGUGAAUCAUUGUGGUGCUACAAGCUCUACCAGCGCUUGACCAAAGCAACAGCAGAAGUGGCUGUCUCUUCUCACUUGGUACAAGACCAAUUGGAAGCAUCUGUCCUGUGGCAAUUCGAUGCUCCCAAAGCACCAGCGACGCUUCAUCACCAUAGCCCUCCACUGCCGCAGUUUCCAUCCAAUGCAGAAGGUGAAGUCCGGACCCAGGAUGAUUUGAGGAUAAAGACCCUUAGUGCGUUGCUGCGAGCGAUGGGGCCCCAAGAUCUCCACAUGGUUGAGGUGGGAACGCACCUGGGCCAUGUGGCUGACGGCUUGCUCUCACGCUUUCCACGGUUGCAUUACGUGGGCAUUGAUCCAUAUCCUGGAGAGUAUGAUGGAAGGCCCAUCCUCUUGGGCUCCGGUGACCUUGGAGACAGCGCCAACUUCAAUCGGACCCGCACGAGGCUCUCGCGCUUUGGCUCCAGGGCGCAGCUUUGCCGUUGCACCUCCGGCACCGUGGCGUCGAGUCUUGAACCUUCAGCCUUGACGGAGUUAGAUCUGGUUUUCAUUGAUGGUGCGCACGACUUCGAGUCAGUGGACAUGGACUUGAAGAAGUGGAUUCCUCAAGUGAAACCUGGAGCCGUUGUGGCUGGGCACGAUUACCGAUUGGGUGAGGCAGAGCAUGUCGUGAAAGCCGUUCACAAGCAUUUGCCAAAGGACCGAGCUCUACAAUUGGCUCCAGAUGGAGUUUGGUGGUGGCUGGCAUAGAUGUUGGUUUCAUAACUGGUUUCAUAUAUUUUCUCGCGGAACGCUGUUGAUCGAUUGCGAUGCAAAAAGGAGG